AUGCGCCUCUCCUGGCGCUGGCUCCUCCUCUUUCGACUGCUGAAUGCGUCGCUGCUGCGGACGUCCUUCACACCGGACGAGUACUGGCAGGGGCCGGAAGUUGCCCACGCCUGGGUCUACGGCUACGGUCACCUCACUUGGGAGUGGCAGCCGUGCGUGGCGUUGCGGGGCGUUCUGCACCCAGGCCUCUUCGCGGUGCUCUUCCUUUUCCUGGACUCCCCGGCGCUCGUGGCGUACGGGCCCCGCCUGCUCCAGGGGGCGAUAGCUUCUGUUGGUGAUGCCGCCGUUUACCGAGCUGCGGAGAGGCUUGGUGGUCCUUCGGCAGCGUCCUGGACCAUGGCCGUACACCUAGGCAGCUGGUUCCAGCUCUACUGCCUUCCAAGGACCUACUCCAGCAGCCUCGAGGCGGUGCUUUUCGCCCUGGCCCUGGAGCAGUGGCUUCGAGGCACAGGUGCGCGCCUCCGCAGCGUUGGCUUCGGGGCCGUGGCUGUCGCCUUGCGGCCGACCGCCGCAGGCUAUUGGCUGGCGCUGGCUCUCUACGAGGUGGUCAUGGCCACCCGACAGGGCAAGCUCCAGCGGCUGGUUUGGGAGUUCGUCCUUCCAGGCUUCCUACUGGCAGCCUCGGUUCUGGCGCUGAGUACACUCUUGGAUUCGCUGUAUUAUGGCGAAGCGACGCUGGUACCCUGGAACUUCUUGGCCUUCAACCUGCUCAACGACGGCAGCGCCCUGUAUGGUAGCCACGCCUGGUACUGGUAUGCCACGGAGGGUCUGGCUGUGACUCUUGGCACCUACCUCCCCUUCUUCCUGGCAGGUGCUUUCCUGGCCUUCCGCUCUUUGGGCCGAGCUGCGCUGGCCGGCCCUGCGGUAGGCACUGUGGCAGCCUUGGCGCUGCUGUCGCUGGCAUCUCACAAGGAGUACCGCUUUCUGCUCCCCUUCUUCCCGCUGUUUUCGCUGCUCUCAGGGGCUGGCCUCCAGAGAUGCAACGACGCCUGCCUGCGCCGGGCGGGCAAGGCGGCCGUGGGCGUCAGUUGGCCCCUGCUGAGCGUCGUGUUUGUGCCGCAGGUGGUUGCCGCCCUCCUCUUCUGUGUGGUCCAUCAGAGGGGCGCCGAGGGCGUCAUGUCACACUUGCGAGCUCAGCCCCCAGGCACCGCAGGGGUCUUCUUCCUGACGCAUUGUCACUCAACGCCCUUCUACAGCUUCCUCCACCGGGAGGUGCCACUGGCAUACCUGGACUGCUCUCCGGGCACGGGAAGCCCGCAGAGUCGCUUUUUCCAGCGGCCCCUGGCCGUUCUUGGCGCGCUCUUCCCCGAGGCGGUCCCUGUGGCGGAAUCCGGCGCCGUGCCGCCUGCAGGUGAGCCACUGCGGCCCUGCUUGGCGGAGCGCUCUGCUCUGACAGCCCGAGCGCUGCCCGAGGUCUUUGUCGUGUGGGCCUCGCUGCUGAGGAAGGAGGAGCUCGUGUCGCAGUGGCUGGGGGCGAAUGGCUACGAGCUCGAGCUGGAGAUUCAGGACGGGAUCUGGUCGGAGGGGCCUUACGGCGUGGAGCUCUGGCCCAGCUUCCGCAUCUACCGCGCACUGACGCGCGCGGAUGCCAACGAAAGAUUGCUGUACCUCCGAGACUACAAGGUGCUCGUAGAGGAUGUGCAGAAGGAUCGACAAUUGGAGUCCUCGCUGCAGACGGAGAACGUUUUUCUCGGCAACAAGCCGAUCCUCUUCCUGCAAACAGACGGCAUGGACCAGGCGAAGUGGUCUGUUCCGCGCCGCUACGGCCAUCGCCAGGAAGGCAGGCCUUGUCAGGGGCAGCUUGGUCCAAGAUAG